AGGGAUCACUGUAUUUAUUUUUGCCUUGAAAUUUCACUUAGUUAAACCUGCUGUUGGGGGCUGCUGAAACAUACCUAGCUCCCUCUCAUUUCCGCGUAAUUAUUUAUGACAUGCAUUUUUUAACGCAAAAGAGCGUUUCAUCUUUUCGCACUUCCAUAGGUUGACGCGCUUUGUCACAAAUGGCUCGACUCUGAAAUGAAAGUAAACUGUAAGUAAACUGAAAAAUAGGCGAUCCCACCCAAAUUUUCCGUCAUACCAUCCCUAAGGUAUUAGCUCUUUUUUUACGUCUUAAACAUGCAUGGAGAAAUCCUUUGCUGGCGGCUGUAAGCUGUAUGGCUCAGUGUCAGUGCGUCAGCUGUGCUACGCGAUGGCUGGGCGAGGUGAAACGCCUGAACUUUUUCCCCCAUCGAAGAAAACGAAAUCGCUGGUACGGGAAUACUUCGACUACAGAAAAGUUACACACGUCCGUGCCUUGGAGGAGGAGGGCCAACCGACAUGUGAAACUUAUUUGCGGAGGGUGGCUGCUACGGUGGCAAUACCUCCAAUAUGAUUUUGCAUUGAUACAAAAUUAAAGGUUAGUAAACACUGUCAUGAACGCUUCCCACUAGCUACGAGAGUUAAGUCCAGAGUGUAAUGCUUACGAUGAGCGGCUUAGCGAACGUACGUCCGGUAAACAUUUCAAAAUAAAAGUACGUCAUGUUCAACAUGUAAAUAACUUCAUAAAUCAUGAAUCUCACAUACACCGCUAAGAAAAGCUUUUAAUUCAAAGCGUCGUCAUAUUUAGUAGAAUGGGCAUCACAAACAUACAUUCAGAGAGACUGGUGAGAUUCGGAACUGAAUACAAAAUAAAGGUUUGCGGUUGCCAAAAUGUCCACUCUGUAAGCGUCUUGCUCUCCGCUGUUUUCCAGUGCGAUGGCGGCAUUGAGGCGACACUUCCUACUGUGCCUGGCGGCGGCGCUACUGCGGCGGGGCACCGCCUUCCCCUCAGACGUCCUCUACCGCGUCCCCGAGGAGCAGCCUCCCAGCAAGCUGGUUGGCAGUCUGGCGGCGGACCUUGGCCUCCCGGACAGCGGGCACCUGUACAAGCUGCAGGUGGGCUCGCCCUAUCUGCGCGUGGACGGAAAGACGGGCGACACCUACACCACCGAGAUCCCCAUCGACCGCGAGACCCUCAGGGACUGCCGCGACAUUUUCGAGGACAAGUGCUACCUAGAGUUCGAGGUAUCCAUCACCGAUAUGGUGAAAGGCAACGGUUCGGGGCCGCGCCAGAUCGAGGGCCGCGUCGAGGUCCUGGACAUCAACGACAAUACGCCUCAGUUCUCCUCGCCCAUCCUCACGCUUUCCAUCCCGGAAAACAUCCACGUGGGCGCCCUCUUCUCCAUCCCCGUGGCCAGCGACCGCGACGCCGGCAACAACGGCGUGGCCGAGUACUCCCUGAGCACGGGGCCCGAAGCCGAGCGGCUCUUCGGACUGCGGGUGGCGCUGGACACGGAUGAGAAGCUGCCCCAGUUGGUGGUGAUGGGGAACCUGGACCGCGAGAAGAAGGACUCCUACGAUCUGAAUAUCAGCGUGGUGGACGGCGGGCGCCCGGCCAGGGCUGGCGGCGCCCUGCUCAGGGUGGUGGUCACCGACCAGAACGACAAUGCUCCAAAGUUCGAAAGGAGUCACUACGAGGCCGAGCUGGCGGAGAACAGCCCGCCGGGACACUCCGUGCUUCAGAACAAGAAUCAAGCAGGGUGAGGCAGGAUUCAGUCACCUCUGGAACAAGUUACCUGAAGGUCUGAAGUAUGCUCAAACUGUUAGCUCCUUUAAAUCAGGGCUAAAAUCGCUUUUGUCUAGCACUGCCUAUCCAUAACUCAAUCUAUUUGCUUUCUAUUCCUCUUGUGCUUAUCUCCAUUGCUAAAUUCAAUUAUUAGCAGUAGUUGUAUUUCUGUUUUUUCAUUUUUUUGAUUCUAUUCGUGA